AUGUCAAAUGUGUUCGGGUUGAUCGUCUCCGGGCGUUUGGUGCAGACUGACUUCACGCCGCUUUCUGAAACCAGCCUAGUGACAACAAUUCUUGAUGUGGACUCCAUUAAUCAUGCGGUGGUGUUUUUGACCGGCGCCACGCCUCUGCCGGCCGGCUCCGUGGCAAUUGUUUACUGGAGUUGGCCGGACCCUAACGCUCCACCUAAUUGGCAGCCUUUAGGGCACAUAUCUAAUGUUAAACCGUCCGCUAUAUUUAAAAUUCAAAAUUUAAAGAAGCUACAUGAAUUAUCAGGUGAGAACAAAUUUAUAAAUGCGUUUGGUCAACAACAAAUUUGUCAUAAUGCUCAAAUCGGGAUCUCAAUUGAACCAGAAGCUAAUGCGCAACUUUUUGAGCCUAUGCUUGCCCAACAGACUACUAACAAUUACGUAACAUUUGCCCAAAAGAUGCUGGAGAACCUAGUCAAUUUUGUUGCCUCAUUCUCUGUGACACAGGAUCAAAUGACACCCACACCAGGUGUCUCUUACAUCCCCCUCAAUACGCUGCACACUUGGUAUCAAAACUUUGAGAGACGUUUACAACAGAACCCAAAUUUCUGGAAAACCUAG